AAUUACAAUGAGCUAUUUAAAGGAAGAAAGCCGAGUGUUCACACGGUAAAUGCUACUACAGGCAUCUUGGGGAAGAAUAUGAUUAUACUACUUGUCCCACAAUGCUUAUCUUUGUCGUAAACCGACAGAUAUCUGUUGUGAAGUUACUGAAUUGCCGUACAUGAUCGUUAUGGUAGUAGCAAACAAAGUUGAAUGCAUCGUUAUAAAUCUAGCUAGCUAGUUAAUAGAAGGUACUUUUGACAGCUUCCAUAUUUGUAUAUUUGAGAUUUAUCAACUAAUGUAGUAUUUAAUUGUUUAUCUAUAAAUAAUUUAACUGUAAAAAGUUUGAUUUUCGACAAGGAAUUCAUUGAGGAUUAUUAUGCAUUGUUACUGUAGCUAACGUUAGCUAGCUAGUUAGCGACUAGUUUUAGGUUGUAGAGUGGGCAUUUAGGAUGAGGAGUUAGCUAACUAGCUAGCUUGUCCUUGAUAUAAACUGAAAAAUAAGUGAAUGCUUCUGCAGUUUGGCGCUAUAACAAAACAACAAUGACCCUGGCACCAAAGGAGCUGUCCAAUCUGUUGGGCAUAAUCUCCGAAGACGCCUGUGCUAACACAUUCGAGAGUCUGUCAACUGCUUUCCAUCACUUCUUUGGGAAAGCAGAACAUUUCCGUGUGGGCUCAGUUCUGGUGAUGCUGCUACAACAACCGGACCUCCUCGCAGUCCUGCCCAGUUCGCCGCAACGCCUUACGGCUCUGUACCUGCUCUGGGAAAUGUACCGCACGGAGCCUCUCGCCGCCAAUCCUUUUGCUGCGGUCUUUGCCCAUCUUUUGAAUCCCUCACCAGUUGGGGAAGAGCAGGAGAAACCACUGUCUGGGUUUCUUCCACCUAUAACACAGCAGGAGAAGUUCUUCCUGUCCCAGCUCAUGCUAGCCCCUCCAAAGGAGCUGUUUAAGAAGACGCCCAGACAGGUGUCAUGCAUGGAUGUAGGCAACAUGCCGCAGUCCAUAGAUAUAAGUGGGCUUCAACUUGCCCUGGCCGAGAGACAGUCAGAGUUACCCACUCAAAGUAAGGCAAGUUUUCCUAGCAUCCUUAACGAUCCAGACCCAGAUUCGUCCAAUUCAGGAUUUGACAGCUCUGUAGCCAAUCAGAUCACAGAGGCCUUGGUCACUGGGCCAAGGCCACCGCUGGAGAGUCACUUCCGGCCAGAGUUCAUCCGGCCACCGCCGCCUCUGCAUGUGUGUGAGGACGAGCUGGCGUGGCUGAACCCCUCGGAGCCGGACCAUUGCGUGCAGUGGGACCGCUCCAUGUGCGUGAGGAACAGCACUGGCGUGGAGAUCAAGCGCAUCAUGUCCAAGGCCUUCAAGAGCCCCCUCUCUGCACAGCAGCAAGCCCAGGCUUCUGCGCAGCUCUUGGGAGAACUGGAGAAAGAGCCAAAGCUGGUCUACCACAUAGGACUGUCCCCAGCCAAGCUGCCUGACCUGGUGGAGAACAAUCCGCUGGUUGCCAUAGAGAUGUUGCUGAAGCUAAUGCAGUCCAGUCAGAUCACGGAGUACUUCUCUGUGCUCGUCAACAUGGACAUGUCUCUGCACUCCAUGGAGGUGGUCAACAGAUUGACUACAGCAGUUGACCUUCCACCAGAAUUCAUCCAUUUGUACAUCUCCAACUGUAUUUCCACCUGUGAGCAAAUCAAAGACAAGUACAUGCAGAACCGUCUGGUUCGGCUGGUCUGCGUGUUCCUGCAGUCCCUGAUCCGAAACAAGAUCAUCAACGUGCAGGACCUGUUCAUCGAGGUGCAGGCCUUCUGCAUUGAGUUCAGCCGCAUACGCGAGGCCGCCGGGCUCUUCCGGCUUCUCAAAACCCUGGACACGGGAGAGAACCCCGCCGAGGCCAAGCCCGCCAAAUAACCCCCAGCCUCCUGACAGGCCAACACAGUGCACACCCACGUCUUCUCAGUUAUGCGUUACAUUUUUGUUUUGUUUUUUUUUGGUAUGAAAAUAAAUCUUGAAAUGAACAAAAA